AUGCUGUGGCAGAUUUGGCUCCCGGUCGCCGUCGCGACGGCGGUACUCGCUGUGCAGCGAUUGCGCAAGAAGUACAAGCCGAGCUAUGAUCUACCGGUGGUCGGGUCACCUACCGACCAGAGCAUGGCAGAGGCACUCGUCGAAGGACAUCAGAAGUACCCAGAAUCCGCAUUCGUCGUGCCCUCCGACCCCCCGCGCGUGGUUCUCCCAAUGAACCUCUACCAGGAGGUAAUCCAUGCCCCGGAAUCGGAACUCUCCUUCGGCGCCGAGAUCUACGACAUCUUUCUCGGCAAAUACACCCACCUCGGCGAGCCCCGUAUGGAAGUCGUCGAGGCGAUCCGGGUAGACAUGACAAGGAACCUAUCGGGCAUCCUGCUGCCCAUUCAGGAGGAGGUCAAAUUCGCCAUGAAACAGAUGUUCGGAGUGCUGGAAGACUGGAAAUCCUUCAACGCCUACCACCUGGUUCUCCGCUUGGUAGCACUGAUGAGCGGGCGCGUGUUCGUCGGACUCCCCCUCAGCCGCGAUGAGGAGUGGAUACAGGCGUCCAUCACGUUCGCGACGGAUUGCGGGAAAUGCAGAAUGGCGGCCCUGGAAUGGAACCCGUGGGUGCGGCCCUGGGUGCUGCCCUUUCUCCCGGAGGUGCGCCACAUGCGCCGAACGCUCCAGAAGGCCAACGAGUGGAUGAGGCCCCUCGUGGAUGAGGUGCUCCGGAACGAGAGUGCCCUUGAGGAGAAGCCGGCGAAGCCCGGGGCUCCUGGGGCUUUUGUGUCCUGGAUGAUGAAGCACACGGCUCCUCAGAAAAAGACUUCGGAGAAUAUGGGAACGAACCAGAUGCUGUUGUCCUUUGCUGCUAUUCACACCACGUCCUCCACUGCCACGUUUGCCCUUUACGAUCUCCUAAGUCGCCCCGAGUACAUCGGCCCUCUCCGGGAGGAAAUCGAGCAGGUUAUCGCCCAGGACGGCGCAGAGAAGGACGAGGACGGGCAGAUGUUCCUCUCCAAGGUCUCCCUAAGCAAACUGAAGAAGUUGGACAGCUUCAUCAAAGAAAGCCAGCGCAUGAACCCGCUGAACUUUGGCGGAACAUCGCGGAGACUCCAAAAGGACCAGACCUUUUCCAACGGCUUGAAGCUGCCCGCCGGAACUCCCAUCUCGUUCCCCUUGUGGGGCGUCUACAACUCCUCAUCGACGAACACUUUCAGCGACGCUUACAACGAGGGCACUGGCAACGCGCCGCCGACCGAAUUCGACGGGUUCCGCUUCGCGCGCCUCCGCGAGCAGCCCGGGCGCGAGACGAAGCACCAGGCCGCGACGACCGGGCCCGAUGCGUUCAACUUCGGACACGGACCGCACGCGUGCCCCGGCCGCUUCUUCGCUGUCUAUGUCAUUAAGUGCAUCUUCAUCGAGUUCCUCCUCAACUACGACAUCCGGCUCAAGGGCAGCGGCGGCAAGGACGCGGGUUCCAGGCCACCGAAUACGAUCAGGAAGAUGAUUGUCAUGCCGGACUUCGGCCGCGAGGUGGAAGUCAGAAAGCGGACGGGGGCUUGA